CCGUAUUUCGUCCCUUCCUCGACUAUCUCGGUUACCGCGGCGACCUCGACCGAUGCCAUAGUAACCUGGAGCCAAAAUUCAACUGCGUGUGAGUUCACCUACGAAGUGGCCUGGAAGCGGCCGAGUGACGCCUCUCAACUGGGCAGUUUGGCAACCGGCUGUGACAAGAGUAAGCGUCUCAAUUCAGGGAACCUUUUCAUUAGCCGUCAGACUAGUUGGUUGCCAAAAUUGCUUUAACCCUUCUGGAAGGCAAGAUUGA